AUGCUAGCCAUCAACAAUGCACUUACGACAGCCAAACAAUUAAUCUUGCCACUUACAAAUGUAAAACAUACGUUUAAAUCACAAAUAAAUAAGUUGGAAGGAAGUGAAGAACGUGAGGGGAAGGUUCGGUCAAUGAAGCUAUUCUCUAAGACAGGCUGUUAUUCUGAAGUCCAUAAUACCCUGAGGCUGGUCCUUGUGAUUUUUAAUAGCAACCUCGUUGCAGAAGGAAAUGAAGCUGCCUUGGAAGAUGAUCCUUUAGGAAUUUGGAGCUGGCUUAGAAUGGAACUCCUGAAAGCAAGAGAAAAAGAUUUGAAGGUUUACCUUAUUAUGUCUGUACCACCUGGUGUCUUUGAAAGUGGACUUGCAAUACCUGGAAUCCACUGGUUUCACCAAAAACAUAAUAGGAAAUAUAUUGUAAUGGUUCGAGAAUUCCGUGAUAUCAUUAUGGGUCAGUUUGCAGGUCACCAUCACACAGAUACGUUCAGAGUUUUUUACAACAAAAAUGAGUUCCCAGUUUCUUGGCUGUUACUUGCACCAUCUGUAGCUCCAAACUGUGUUAAAACAGCUGCAGAAAUCUGUAUUUACACUAACCCUGGAGCUCGUCUUUAUAAAUAUGAUAAAGAAACACUUGAAGUGCCUGCAAAUGAAGCACUCUAUUAA